UCGCGCUGAGCAUGGCGGCCUGCGGGCGCUCGGAUCGUCUGCGGAGUGGCGCGUCUGCGUGACAGGCGCUCGGGCCGGGCGGCGGGAGAAGCCGCAUCGGGGGGCGCGUUCGAGGCGGCGGCAAGCCGGCCGCCGCGGGCCCGCCCCAUGCCGCCGCCGGGCUCCGAGCCCGCCAGGAUGAACAAGAAGAAGGGAGACAAGGGCUUCGAGAGCCCGCGGCCCUAUAAACUAACUCAUCAGGUUGUCUGCAUAAACAACAUAAAUUUCCAGAGAAAAUCGGUUGUGGGAUUUGUGGAACUGACUAUAUUUCCUACAGUCACAAAUCUAAAUAGGAUCAAGUUGAACAGCAAACAGUGUAGAAUAUACCGAGUGAGGAUCAACGAUUUAGAAGCUGCUUUUAUUUAUAAUGAUCCGACCUUAGAAGUCUGUCACAGUGAGUCAAAACAGAGAAACCUCAAUUAUUUUUCCAACGCGUACGCCGCCGCGGUCAGUGCUGUGGAUCCCGACGCGGGAAACGGAGAGCUGUGCAUCAAGGUUCCCUCCGAGCUGUGGAAACACGUCGACGAGCUGAAGGUCCUGAAGAUACACAUUAACUUCUCCCUGGAUCAGCCCAAGGGAGGCCUCCACUUCGUGGUGCCCAGCGUGGAGGGCAGCAUGGCAGAGCGGGGCGCCCACGUCUUCUCCUGCGGCUACCAGAACUCCACGAGGUUCUGGUUCCCGUGUGUGGAUUCGUACUCCGAGCUGUGCACCUGGAAGUUGGAGUUCACCGUUGAUGCCGCCAUGGUGGCCGUCUCCAAUGGAGACCUGGUGGAGACGGUCUACACCCAUGACAUGAGGAAGAAGACCUUCCACUACAUGCUCACCAUCCCCACCGCGGCCUCCAACAUCUCCCUGGCCAUCGGCCCUUUCGAGAUCCUCGUGGACCCCUACAUGCACGAGGUCACUCAUUUUUGUUUGCCCCAACUGCUUCCACUGCUUAAACACACCACAUCCUACCUCCACGAGGUGUUCGAGUUUUACGAGGAGAUCCUCACGUGUCGGUACCCGUACUCCUGCUUCAAGACUGUGUUCAUUGACGAAGCGUAUGUCGAGGUAGCUGCUUAUGCAUCCAUGAGCAUUUUCAGUACAAAUCUUCUGCACAGCGCCAUGAUUAUCGAUGAGACCCCUCUGACAAGGAGAUGCUUAGCUCAGUCCUUGGCCCAGCAGUUUUUUGGGUGUUUCAUAUCCAGAAUGUCUUGGUCUGAUGAAUGGGUGCUAAAGGGAAUUUCAGGUUAUAUUUAUGGGCUUUGGAUGAAGAAGACUUUCGGCGUGAACGAGUACCGCCACUGGAUUAAAGAGGAGCUGGAUAAAAUAGUGGCAUAUGAACUGAAAACUGGGGGAGUUUUACUGCAUCCCAUAUUCGGUGGAGGAAAAGAGAAGGAUAAUCCAGCGUCCCAUCUGCACUUCUCCAUAAAGCACCCGCAUACGCUCUCCUGGGAGUACUACACAAUGUUCCAGUGUAAAGCUCACCUGGUGAUGAGGCUGAUUGAGAACAGGAUCAGCAUGGAGUUCAUGCUCCAAGUUUUCAAUAAGCUGCUAAGUCUGGCCAGCACUGCUUCAUCUCAGAAGUUCCAGUCACAUAUGUGGAGUCAGAUGUUGGUUUCCACAUCUGGAUUUUUGAAAUCAAUUUCUAAUGUCUCUGGCAAAGACAUCCAGCCCUUAAUAAAACAGUGGGUAGACCAGAGUGGAGUGGUGAAAUUCUAUGGAAGUUUUGCGUUUAACAGAAAGCGAAACGUCUUAGAAUUAGAAAUCAAACAGGAUUACACAUCUCCCGGAACUCAGAAAUACGUGGGACCACUUAAAGUGACGGUGCAGGAGCUGGAUGGAUCCUUCAAUCAUACGCUGCAGAUUGAGGAAAACAGCCUGAAGCACGACAUUCCCUGCCAUUCCAAAAGCAGAAGGAAUAAAAAGAAGAAAAUCCCACUGAUGAAUGGAGAAGAAGUUGAUAUGGAUCUCUCUGCAAUGGACGCAGACUCGCCCCUGCUGUGGAUCCGGAUCGACCCCGACAUGUCGGUGCUCAGGAAGGUGGAGUUCGAGCAGGCCGACUUCAUGUGGCAGUACCAGCUGCGCUACGAGCGCGACGUGGUGGCCCAGCAAGAGUCCAUCCUGGCGCUGGAGAAGUUCCCCACGCCCGCGUCGCGCCUGGCGCUCACCGACAUCCUGGAGCAGGAGCAGUGCUUCUACCGCGUGCGCAUGGCCGCCUGCUUCUGCCUGGCCAAGAUUGCCAAUUCCAUGGUGAGCACGUGGACAGGACCGCCGGCCAUGAAGUCCCUCUUCACCAGGAUGUUCUGCUGUAAGACCUGCCCAAACAUUGUGAAAACAAACAACUUCAUGAGUUUUCAGAGUUACUUUCUGCAGAAGACUAUGCCCGUUGCAAUGGCCUUAUUAAGAGACGUUCAUAACCUUUGUCCCAAAGAAGUCCUGACAUUUAUUCUAGACUUGAUCAAGUACAACGACAACAGGAAGAACAAGUUUUCAGAUAACUAUUAUCGGGCAGAAAUGAUUGAUGCCCUGGCCAAUUCCGUCACGCCCGCAGUCAGCGUGAACAAUGAAGUAAGGACUUUGGAUAACUUAAAUCCAGAUGUGCGGCUCAUUCUGGAAGAAAUCACAAGGUUUUUGAAUAUGGAGAAACUUCUUCCGAGCUAUAGACAUACCAUCACUGUCAGUUGCUUGAGAGCCAUCCGCGUCCUUCAGAAGAACGGGCACGUGCCGAGCGACCCCACUCUUUUCAAGUCUUACGCCGAGUACGGCCACUUCGUGGACAUCCGCGUAGCAGCAUUGGAAGCAGUGGUUGAUUACACCAAAGUGGACAGAAGUUACGAAGAGCUGCAGUGGCUACUGAACAUGAUCCAGACUGAUCCCGUGCCCUAUGUAAGGCACAAGAUCCUCAGCAUGCUGACGAAGAACCCGCCGUUCACAAAGAGCACGGAGUCCCCUCUGUGCAACGAAGCCCUGGUGGAUCAGCUUUGGAAGCUCAUGAACUCUGGCACCUCGCACGACUGGAGGCUGCGCUGUGGCGCCGUGGACCUGUACUUCACGCUCUUCGGCCUCAGCAGACCUUCCUGUCUGCCCCUGCCAGAGCUCGGACUGGUUCUUAACCUGAAGGAGAAAAAAGCUGUCUUGAACCCAACCAUAAUUCCAGAGGUGGUUGCGGGCAGCCAAGAAGCCGCAAGUAACCCGAGCAGUCACGCACCGCUGGCUGGAUUUCAGAACCCCUUCCCUGGCUCUCAGGAUGAGGAGGAGGUGGACAUGGACACCGUCCACGACAGCCAGGCCUUCAUCUCCCACCACCUGAGCAUGCUGGAGAGGCCGUCCACGCCAGGGCUCUCUAAGUGCCGCCCAGCCAGCGCCCGGUCCACCCUGCUGCCCCCGCGCGCGCCAGGCUGUGAGGGCGCCCCCACCCCGAAGCCCCCCUGGGGCCUGGACCUCGCACGCAAGGGAGCAGGGAAGGAGCAGUCUCUGGAGAUGAGCAUGCACCCCGUGGCGGCAGCCCCGCUCUCCGUGUUCGCGAAAGAGGCCGCCGCCUCCAGACACAGCGAGCACCACCACCACCACCACCACGAGCACAAGAAGAAGAAGAAGAAGCACAAGCACAAGCAUAAGCACAAGCACAAGCACGACAGCAGGGACAAGGACAAGGAGCCCUUCGCCUUCUCCAGCCCAGCCAGCGGCAGGUCUGUGCGCUCCCCCUCGCUGUCGGACUGAGCCGGCGCAGCCCUCGGGGCGCGAGUGUGCCGUCAGGCCCUGUGCUCGCGGCGGAACGCGGGCAGGCGAGAUGUGCCGCUGCCGCUGGAGCGGCUCGGAGUCCACUCACGCUCCAGACCUGGGGUUUCUGUUAAACAGUUGGGACCUAAUCACGGAAGUGGGCUUCACGGUUCCAGAUAAACUGCUUACGCACACAGCCCAGACUUCCUCCAGAGCCCUCACCCGCGCCUGCAGCGGGCUGCGUCCCCGGUCUGCGUGUGUUCCGCCAUCGUCAGGUAGGGCCGAAAGCCUGGGACGGGUGUUGGGCAGGGUUAGGUUUCCAGCACAAGCACCUGCCGACUUAGAACUGCUGACCAGACGGAGGCUUUCCGCAGGGCUCCUCCCUCUUGCACUAUUUUCUGUGUUAACCCUAGAAACUGAGCGUCAUAAUUUAUGAGCCAAGACUGUACUUCCUUUCACCGUAAAGUAAGGGAAUUUUAGAAGUGCUUUUUUAAAAUAUGAAUUAUUAUCUUUUGAUAGUACAUUUGGUGAUUAUGAUGUUGGAAUUUAACAGAAUUCCCAAACCCACAGAGUAUCUCAAAUGAAGACAUAUAAAUUACAAGCUUUGUUUUGUCUUCCAUUAAGUAUAAAUGAUGUUCAUAUGUUCAGUGUGUUUUGCUUAAAGUGGACAGUUCACAUGCCAAACACAUACUGUUUCUAAAAUAUUACCCUGUGUAACACAGUAAGAUGCUGUCGUAAGGUGAGUUUACAGUGUUGCUUUUGCCCUCGGGCAUAGCUCAGCCCCCGUAACCAGAGGCGCUCAGAACCACGUAUGGGACAUUUUAGUUCCAUAGUUUAACAGUUUCUCUGGCUGGGUCUUUAUUUCUGCCUUUACCACAUGCUUUGUUACUUGUUUAAGAAUUUUUUGAUAUCAAUUUAAUUUUUAUCCUUUAUCAUUAAAAAGAUUGACAGAAGUUUGUUCCCAAAAUACAUAUUUGAAAAAGAGAUCAAUAAUUUGGACUUUUAUACGUACUUUUAGUUCUAUUCAACUUGUUUAAUAAAUAACUUUUUUAAACUGAC